AUUUUUUCUGAAUUGCUGUGAGGAGGACUGUAUGAAACAAAUGCUUCGAGCGGUAGUGUUCGAGAACUUCGUUUGCUUUCGAGAUCGACAGAUAAUACAAUUUCAGGAUGGACCUAACUUCCUUGUUGGGGCGAAUGCAACAGGGAAAAGCUCCAUUUUUGAUCUUGUCAGACGAUGUUUAUCGAACAAAGCCAACACUUCAACAUCGAGAGUAACAGACGAAAAGUUCCCUGCGUUUGCUCUUUGUAAAUAUUACAUAAGAGAAAGACUAUCAGAUGAACUCCCCGAAGGAAGUUGGCUUUAUUCUUAUCUCUGCGUAAAACAUUUGCCAGAGGACGAAACACAGAUGGACAAACUAGUGUGCAUUCCGAACACAGAAACAUGUUAUCUAGAUUGCUAUACAGUCCCUAAAGAUCAUUUCCUUGAUACAAGAAAUGUCGAAUACUUUGAUUUUUGUCGUAAAACAGUCGAAAUAUCAACCAAAUUGGAAGAGUUGGAAAAGAACCACUCAUCGUUCGACAGUUUUCAUGAAAUGAUCCAAGAACUGAAACAGACUGAUAGUUAUCAUUCGUUGACAAGUGACAAAUUAAAAUUGAAUUGUGAAGAUAUACUACAGAAGAUACAUGAUGUUGUUGUCCUUACGUUUUCGAUACGUUCUCCUGGACCGAUACAAUGGAGUCAUACUCAAAAUAUUGGCAUAGGAAAUGAGCAUUACGAAACAGCAUCAAAGAAGGCGGAGAUACUUCAAAAGCUGUUGGAAUCUGAUGACGUCGACCAGGAUUUUUCAAAAAAAGUAUUCGAUACAAUCGUUCAACCGUUGGAAUACACCUUCAAAAUGAAUCCAGAUUCUACCAUCACAGUUAAUGACGGCUCAAGAGAUAUACAAUUUCUCAAAAUACCAGAGGGAGUAAUAGAAGCAAGACAAUUUUCGUUGAUGUUUGCUCACAAAAAAUUUCAAACAAUUAUGUUUGAGGAACCAGAUCGAGGCAUGCAUCCGUCAAUGAUUCAAAAGUUACGUGACCUGGUGAUCCGAAAGAGUGGCAGUCAGAAAAAGGUGCUGGUGUUCGUUUCUCAUCAGCCAGCAAUGAUAAACCGAUGGGGAAUGUCUCGAAUGUACAUAUGCAGGAGGAAGCAAGACGCAAAACGCAACUGGAAACAUUCUGUUUUUAAACUGAGUGAAAAAGUCGAAAACAUUCAUCAAUUCGAGGACAAAUUGAAAGAAAUGUUGUACGCUACAGGUGUAUUGUUUGUCGAAGGCAACACAGACAAAUCCGUGAUUGGGUCGGUAUUUGAUCACAUCUUGGAGGCAGAGCAUCCUGGGGGAGUAAACGAUCUAAAUGGCUUGCAGAAACUGAUAGCUAGAAUUCAAGUAAUCUCUACCGACGGUACCACAACGUACAAUACUUUGAAACACUUGGCAGAAAACCUCGGAAUACCGUUUGUGUUUCUGUUUGACAAGGACGCCAUGUUUAAGUGCAUGGCAAACGUUAGACCACAGCACAACAAGGACUGGCGAAAAUUAACACUGUUCUUUGUCAAAACUCUUCUUCAAAGAAGAAAAAAAUACAAACAUAAAGGGGAAAGGGGCGAAGAUGAAAACGAAGAAAUGAGAAAACGGAUUCAAACGGUUUUGGACACUCUUACCAUCAAUACAAAAAGUGUAAGAAAAGCACUGAAGUUUAAAGAUACAGACCUUGAACAGCCGUCAUUUACCACGAUAGCUUCAUUCAUUCAAGAUGUAGUGCUGCCUUCAGAAUUAAUAGACACUCAUCAUGAGUUAAAUAAACAAAAGGCAAAAGCUUUUGAUUUGCCAGUAAGCAAAUAUAGUUGUACCACCAAAGACAUCCUAGACUGGCUAAAAAUAAACAAACAGAUUUAUCUGUGGGAUUCUGGAAAUAUCGAGGAUGUAAUUUGUACAAGCAUCUUGAAAAGCAAAGAAAAUGAAGAGAAAAAAGAAAAUCUCCUUAGAAGUAUCUUUUUAGGAGGAAAAUAUACCGAUGAAGGAAAAUACUCAAAAGACCCUAUAAAAGAGACUCUGAAACAAAUGGAUAGCGAAACUUCAGAAAGCAUAGCGACAUGUCUAUUAAAUAGUAAAGAAAUGAAUUCUUUUCUAGAAUUCCUUUUAGAAUUCGGGAAGGAAAGACUAUGAACAUUACUAGCUGACCAUCAUCGAUGACGAAGAAGACUAUAUUGUAGGUUAAGCGACACUCAGAUCAAUAUAUUUAUGACUACUGCAUUGAACUUCUAACAUUUCACUUUUUAAAAAUUAUGUUUUUGUAUAUACGAUUGCAAGCUGUGUUGAGUUACCUAUGCUAUGUUGACAAGGCGUCACUCCUCUCGUCAGUCUCAUGAUACGUCAACGUACGUGAAGAUAUGACAAUAUUAGGAUGUUAGUUUUACAAUCUUAACAGCCCGUCAACACAUUUAAGGUCAUUAGGGCCAUUAACUGGUGACACACAGCGAUCCAAAAAGGAAAUAACAUCAAACAAAUGGUAAGUAUGUGUCAAUAAUACAGGCCAACAUCUUUCAGAUAACCUAGACUUUUAUUAAUCUCAACAGUUUUAAAACGGGUCUUUAGACUUGUAACGUCUCGACUAGACAGAAGGUCAAUGCAGUCCAAUAACAGCGAAUGGUUCAUCACAUUCUAUUUACCGAGGACUAUCUCCGUCUUUAAACAUAUUUGAAUGCGUAAGGUAUGCAUGGCCCAUCCGAAGACGGGAAAGGAAAACUUCGUCACAAUGGUUGUCUCUAUAGCAUGGUUACCAUUCGCCGAUGAUAGGUCUUACGGAGUGCAAUUUAUUAUUGGUAUAUUGAAUCAAUUCCUUCAGCCACUGACAUGUUAAACUGUUUUUGAUAAAUGGUUAAAAAUCGGUAAAAUGAAGUUUAAACACAACAGGUGGUAGUGAUGAAGCUUACUUUGCGGCAUGAUCUGCUUUAUCAUUGCCUGGUAUUCUAAUGUGCUCAGGAACUCAGCAAAAAGAAAUACGAAAG